AUGUCUCAAGGAAGGAAAGGUUUAAGAAACAAAAAGAACGAAGAAGAUGUGGAAGUGGAAGAAAAUGUGGAAGUGGACGGAGAAACUCAGCAGGCGGAACAAGAGCAGAGUGUAGCUCCAGUUCUACAAGAGACAACAGGAAUAACACAAGAACAAGAGGAAAAUGUCAAUAUGACAGCAUUGAUAAUGACAUUAAGUGACAAUGCAGCAACCUGGUUUGCCAGCAUUGAAAACGAUUUAGAUAAUCUGCAAACAUUUGAAAAUAAAUUCUUAAAUUAUUAUUGGGGUGAAUUAGAACAAGCUAGAUUUAGGGAAGUUUUAUAUUUUGGAAAGUAUAAUCGCAAUUUAAGUUUAAAUACGGUAGAUUAUGCUUUAAAAUUAAUAACUGUUGCAAAAUAUUUAGAACCACCACUUAGAGAAGACGAAACAGUUUUAAACGUUUCUAGACACUUUGAUGCGGACGUUGUGCAAACAGUCACAGUACAAAACAUUCAAACAGUAGACAGUUUUAUUAACUUUAUUCAAAGAGUACAAAGAGGUUAUAUUACAAGUAAUAAUAGUAAAAAUAGACAAUCGUAUAACAAUAAUAGGUAUGGUAGUAAUUCUCAAAAUUUUAAUAACAACAAUAAUACUAGUUAUGAGAGACAAGGUAAUAGAGAGAAUUUUAAUAAUAAUACUAAUGAUAAUAGACAAGAGAGACAAGGUAAUAGAGAGAAUUUUAAUAAUAAUAAUAAUUAUAAUAGGCAAGAUUUUAACACCAGGAGAAAUGCACAAAAAUAUAAUUACAACAGACAGGUAAAUUAUGUAAGGGGUCAGAGCUGCGAAGACAGUCAACGGAAUAGUACAUGGCAAGAAAAUAUGAAUAGUAGAAGUGAAAGCAGUGAAAGACAUCGAGAAUUAGAUCCAAAUGAUCAGACACAAUCUGACAAUCCUAAUAAUCCAAAAUUUAUGUAA